AUGCCUUUACUCGGAUACGGAUGCACAGGCUGCAAGAGAACCCAGCCUAUAUACAACUUUAGGUUUAGAGAUGCCAGCGGCCAAGUCACACACUUUUUUUGCUCCAGUUGCCACCCCGCUGACAGUGACGAUAGCUGCAUCGUGGUGUGCCCCUGCGUUUCGACGGCUUCAUCGAGUGGCGAGAUAUGA